UAUACGUUACCAUUGCGCUCUGCAGUCGUCAAGCCAACGUCAUCUCGAGUGAUAAUCAUAUAAUAUAUUCAACACGAAUUCUGCUGAAAUCCUAUUGAUAUAUUUAGUUUUUUUUUUUUAAUUUUUUUGUGUUUUUCAUUUUUAUACAUUAAUUAAUUCACGCGAAUUUGGUAUACGUCGACAAACUUGGUUAUCGUAUACUUAUUACGUUUGAAUUAAUUCGAAUAACAAUCUUGAACAUUUUUAUCCCUAUGAAUAGUAUAUUUUUGUUGUUAACAAUUUACAAUAUUAUAUAUGUCACAAUUAAUUAAAAGAGAGUACGACACUGUGCGAUUUUCUCCAAAAAAUUGUUUUAAAGCUUCCCAAUAAUAUUAUAUUAUUGUUUGUAAUUCAUUUUUAAUUUUUUUUUCUAAAUUUUCUAUAUCACUUGUUAUAUAAAAUGUCCACUAUGGGUUUUUGCUGUUGUUACAAACAGGCGGAUGUGAUGAAGUGCGUCGACACAAUUGUGGACAAGUGUACGGACCCGGGAUGUUGUCUUUCUCGUAUGCGUCCUCGCUACAAACGUCUUGUUGAUAACAUCUUCCCAUCUGUACCUCAGGAUGGAUUGGUUAAAAAUAAUAUGGAAAAGUUAACAUUCUAUGCGUUAUCGUCACCAGAAAAAUUAGAUCGUAUUGGCGAAUAUCUAUUUCAAAAAGCUAGUAGAGACAUCUCUCGCAAGAGAAAUGAGUUUGUAAUGAUUGCUAUGGAAGCUAUGGACCAGCUUCUUGUUGCAUGUCAUGCCCAAACUUUAAAUUUAUUUGUUGAAAGCUACUUGCGUAUUGUGCAAAAGCUUCUUGAAUCAUCAGAACCUAGUUUACAAAUACUAGCUACACAAUCGUUUGUACGGUUUUCUAAUAUUGAAGAGGAUACACCAUCAUAUCAUAGGCGAUAUGAUUUUUUUGUUUCCAAAUUUUCUUCUAUGUGUCAUAACAACAAUCCAAAUUUAGUCACUAUGGAAAUGAUUCGAAUGGCAGGCAUAAAAGGCAUUCAGGGAGUUAUAAGAAAAACAGUCUCCGAUGAUUUGGUUGAAAAUAUCUGGGAACCUGUUCACAUGGAUAAAAUUGUUCCAUCUUUAUUAUUUAAUAUGCAUACAAUGAAAUCUAAAACUGAAUUAGUAGUUGAAAGUGGAAUUUCAGAAGAGGUCAAUGAUAAAACUGAUUCAUUUUCAUUAGCAGAAUCUUGUUUAAGAGAGUUAAUUGGACGUGCAUCAUUUGGUCAUGUUAAAAGUGUCAUUCGUCCUGUGCUAAAACAUUUAGACGCUCAUCAUAUGUGGGUGCCAAAUGUAUUUGCUACUCAGUGUUUCCGUAUCUUAAUGUUUUCUAUUCAAUCUCAAUAUUCAUAUGCUGUCGUGGAGACAUUAAUGACACAUUUAGAUGAAAACAGCAAUGCAUCUCCAAAAAUCCGAACCAGUAUUGCUGAUGUGCUAUCAAAAAUUAUUGCUAUUGCAGCCAAUGAAAGUGUUGGGCCAACAGUAUUAGAAAUAAUAAAUUCUCUUCUAACAAAUCUUCGUACAUCAGUCACUAGACGUCCACCAUCAAAUAUUGGUCUGUCUGAAUCUGAUGGUGAAAAUGAAUACAGAGAAGCACUUAUACAUGCACUUGGAGAAUUUGCUGCCCAUUUGCCUGACUACCAGAAAAUUGAAAUCAUGAUGUUUAUUAUGUCUAAAGUACCACAGUUUAAAUCUUCAAAUAAUCCUAAUGAUCUCCAUGUACAAAGAAUGUGCCUGAAAUCUCUUUUGAUGGUAAGCACCAAGUAUAGUUCGGUACAAAUGAAUGCUACUUUUCCUCAAUCAUUUUUGGAUUUAUUAUUAAAAACAUUAACUGCUGCUGAGGAUGAAAUUCGCUUCAUUGUUUUACGCAUAUUACAUACUCUCUUAGACAGGCACAAUAAUGCAUCUAAGCUAUCUAAGGCUACGGUUAAUAUCUCCAAAUCUGAUAUAAAUCUAGAGAAAUGUUCUCGCAGUGAUACAAUAUUUAUACGGAAACAUGCUCAAGAUAUUUAUGUAUCUAUAUAUGAAAGCUUAGAAAUGACUAACAAUACUGUUGAUAAUGUCGAGGCUGUAUACACAACUUUGGCUUUAAUAUGUAUUGAAUUGUUGUCCGAGGAAACUGUUUUGGAUUUCAUCAGACUGAUUUUAAGUAUACAGGAGCUAGCCAUUACUAACGCUGUACUUUCAACGCAACAGAAAUUCCAUUUGCAUGCUUUGGUUAUUAGUAUUAUGCUCUUAGUAGCUGUUGUGACAGAUUUACAUCCACUCAAGGACUAUGUGGAAAAAAUAAUUGAACAAAGAAAAUUAUUGAGUGCUACUCAUUUGUUACCAGAAAUAAGUAUUCAUAAUGAAGUAAAAUCUGCCAGUCUCUUACCAGCUGGAGUUUUAAUUGAAGAACCAGAAUUAACCGAAGCUUUAAAAGCUUCAGGAAUUGAUAUUACAAUUAGUUGGACAUUGCUAAAACUGUUGAUCUUGGAUUGUAUGGUUUUGCUUGAAAUUUUGGAGAACAAGUCAUUUUUAUAAGUGUAAUGUAUUCAUGUAUUUAUAAUAUCUUGAAUUCAACAAAUACUUUAUUUGGACACUAGGCAUUAUCUGUAAGUCUGACAUUAAAAAUAAGACUACUGGAACCACUACCCACCCAAAGCAUGUGUUGCAGUCAUGACACUUGAACAUAGGGUUUGGCUCCAUUGACCAGUUUAGUAGAAGAAUAUUCAAUUCGUUUAUAACCGUGUGAACAACAUUCAAAAGCAACUAGUGUUAAGUUUAUACGCAACAAAAGCUACAUUUGUUAAAAAUAUGAUGAAAGUAGAUAAACAAGCAAAAGUCCAACAAGCAAUAACCUAAGUAAUAAUAUAAAAUGUUUUAUUGGUUUAUUAAUUAGUAUCUUCACUUAUAUUUUGGCGAGUUUAAAGACAGGAAAAUAACUCUACGCAAAGCUACAGGACAAGGAAUGGAAUAGCUGGUCAUCAAGGUUUCAAUUGAUAUAACUAUAAAACUGGUUAUAGCACUAAAAAAAUGUGCUUGCAAUGCAGCGGAAAUAUUAUGGCAUUUGAAAUGUCCUAAUAAUAUUGAUUGCAUCAAUAAAUAAUUUAAAUUGUGCACCUAUUUUAUUAAAUUCAAUGUUCCUAACUUUACAUUAGAUUAAGUAGUAAGACAAUCAAUUAAAUAAUAAAACAAUUAAUAUUUUAUUUGAGAUUUAUCAUCGUUGACCAUUAAUGUUGGCAAAUAACGUCAAUGGCCGGUGAAAGAUGUGCAUUUGAGUUUAAAACAUGUUUUUUACAACAUUUACCUACAUAAUUGAAUCAUUUUGGUAAAAGACAUCAUUGACCAGAAAAUGACCUUAUCAAUAUUCCUUAUCCACCAUAACAUAUAUAUUGAAUCUUUUAUUG